UAUACAUCUGAUCCGCUGGACUGCCCAUCAUGGAUGAGAUCGCACCCGAGUACGAUGUCCUGGUGCUGGGAACAGGCCUGACGGAAUGCGUCCUUUCGGGUGUGCUCAGUGUGCAGGGCAAGAAGGUGUUGCACAUUGACCGCAACGAUCAUUACGGAGGCGAGGCUGCAUCACUGAACCUUGAUGCGAUGUACAAGAAGUAUGGCGUCACGCCGGACAAGCAGGCGCAAGAGGCGCUCAGCAAAACCCGGCCGAACGACUGGAACAUUGAUCUCGUCCCGAAGCUCCUCAUGGCCAACGGCGAACUGACCAACAUUCUCAUAUCCACCGACGUUACCAAGUACCUCGAGUUCAAGCAGAUUGGGGGCAGUUUCGUACAACAGGGCAAAGGGCCGAAACCGAGAGUGGAGAAAGUGCCCUCGAACAAACAGGAGGCUCUUUCAUCUGCUCUCAUGGGAAUAUUUGAGAAGCGACGAGCGCAGAAGUUCUUCGGAUGGGCGGUAGAAGAAUAUAAGCCGGACGACCCAGCGACCCAUAAUGGCUUUGACAUUUCCAAUGCCACAAUGAAGGAGGUCUAUACCAAGUUUGGCCUCGAAGCUACGACCCAGGAUUUCAUUGGCCACGCAAUGGCUCUCUACACGACAGACGACUACGUCAACGCUAAGGGUCGGGUUCACGAAACGUUGGAGCGCAUCAAGCUGUAUUCUUUAUCCAUGCUCCGAUAUGGCGCCGGGAAAUCGCCAUACAUCUACCCGCUCUAUGGUCUCGGAGAACUUCCUCAGGGGUUCGCUCGUCUUUCAGCCAUCUACGGAGGCACAUAUAUGCUGAAUACCGACGUCGACGAAUUCAUAGAGGAAGGGGGCAAGGUUGUCGGUAUCAAGGCUACCAUGAAACAUGAUGAUGGGCCUGGCAUGAAGUUUGAGACGAAGGCUAAGAGAAUCUUAGCUGACCCGUCGUACUUCCCUGGCAAGGUGCGCGUGACCGGGCAUCUCAUCAAGGCGAUCCACAUCCUACGAGAACCCGCACAGGACACAGAUGAAGCUAAGGAAUUUCUUCCUUUCAGAAAGAAUGCUGAUUCAAUGCAACUCAUCAUUCCGCAAUCCCAGGUGGGCCGGAAGAACGACAUUUACGUCGCUAUCCUUGGCGCUGCCCAGAACGUUACUCCAAAGGGGUUCUACAUCGCUAUCGUCUCCACAAUUGCUGAGAACGAUGCCAACCCACACGAAGAGGUGGCUGCUGGCAAACAAGUACUUGGUAAGGGUAUCGAGCCCUUGGUAACUUUCAUGAGUCCGUCCAUUCCGCUUUAUGAGCCUAUUGAGAGUGGGGAGAAAGACAAUGUUUUCAUCUCCAAGAGCUACGACGCCACGAGCCACUUCGAGACCACGACAGAUGACAUUAAAAACAUUUACCGACGCGUGGAAGGCAAGGCGCUCGUUGUCGAUGGUCUGAGGGAGGGUACUUUCAACUUGGAACAAUAGAUGUCUGUGGGAAGUGAUGACCUCGUGGAUACUUAAUAUCAGUUUGGUAUACUGCGUCCGAUGGUGGUCUGGUGAAUUAGGUCAUACCUUGAUACAUACAUAUAUUCCACUUUCCUUCCGUCUCGCUGUUGACAGGCAGGCUCACGCAGUUUACCUGCUCAGACAUAAUUCACUCACUCGAGCAUAGUCAUAGCAUGAAAGGCAGUGAAGUUGCCAACAGCCGUGGAUAGAGGUCUAAAUUCACCGU